CAUCUCUGCCUUGGCUCUGUCCCCUGCACCUCUUCAAAGACAAAGGAGGCCCUCCAUCAGCACUCAGUCUCUUCACGAGUCCAGCACGAGAAGCUCCACGAUGCCGGACACAAUCAUGUCCAAGGAGCCCAGUUCCAACCUGGAGAGUGCCAUGCAGAUGCUCAUAAAGACCUUCCACAAAUAUUCAGGGAAGGAGGGCGACAAGUACACGCUGAGCAGAGGCGAACUGAAGGAGCUGCUACUAGAGGAGCUGGGGAGUUACUUAGGGAGCUCCAAAGAUAAUGAGGCGGUUGAGAAGGUGAUGAACGACUUGGACGCCAACAAUGAUGGGGAGGUGGACUUCACCGAGUUCAUCAUUCUGAUGGGCGCCCUCACAGUUGCCUGCAACGACUUCUUCCUGGAGUACAAAACAGAUGACAAACCAAAAGAUGGAAGCAAAGGCGAGUCGGCGGAGAAGAAAGACUGAAUGAGUGCAAGACCGAAGAGUGGGGGAAGUGGGAGGGAAAGGUGGAAAGAGGGAGAAAAAGAGGAGGAAGGGAAAGAACUGUAAAUCAGGAGAGCUAGAGGACAGAGUUGCAAUGGAUUUUUGUCUUAUGCAAUUUGUAAACACUACGGCUACACGUAAGGGAAGCGUUCCAGCAGAUAGUUUGUGGGUUCACAGAACACGGGGCAUUCAGCAGGAGUAGUGUUUUCCCUCUGCAACUGUUUUUCAUACCACAGCAUAUCUGGAGCUUGCUGCACUGUUCUCAGAGCAGUGAGUGACUGUACAUACAGAACAGGGUAUAUUCCAGCUUCUUUGCAUUCAACUCAAAUUCAACAGUUCUGACAGUUUCUUGAAUGUUUUGAAAAAGGCAAAAGAGGAUGUUAGAUUUUUGCAGAAGGCGUACCAGGAUGUUUGAGCAUUCCUUGCACAUGAAUAAUUUGUGAACAUAUAUUAAGUUACAGAUUAUCAUAUUAUUGUAUGUACUCAGUGUUGAACAAUAGACUAUGAUUUAUCCCCUUUCUUGAGCCUAUUUUGUAAUCCUUUUUG